ACGAUCGUCUACAUGGCUCCGCCCAACUCGGGUGCGCAAACCCUCACCGCUGCGGACGUGCUUCUCCUGCGUCAAGAGGCGGAGGCAAUCGACGAAACAAUCACCGCGCUCAAAGCGCAGCUCGUCCAGCUCGAAGACCGACAAAAAGCCAUCCAGGACAAGCUUUCCACCCUCACCUUCCCCGUCCAGACACUCCCCGCUGAGAUUUUUUGCCAUAUUUUCCGUGCCACGCUGUCCUCGACAGACCCUCGGAAGGUCAACGCCAUGCUGCUCAGUAUCACUGCGGUCUGCCAGCGAUGGCGCCGGAUUGCCAUCGCCGACCCCAAUUUAUGGACCACGACUUGUUAUUUCCUGCAGGGUCGUGACCACUUCGACCCUGUCUUUUCUCACUUCUUGGAACGCACCCAAGGACUCCCAAUCACGGUUCACGUAGACGCACGUGAAGAAAGCUGGCUUCCACCGCCGCUAUUUACCUCCUGCCGCCAGUGGAAGGAGGCCAGUCUAUCACUCGCCGGGGCCAAUGCCAUCAAGAUAGGCCUCGGACUUGACUCUGCUUCCAUCGACAACAUAUUGGAUCUUCCGCACCUCACAAAACUCACCCUCGACCUCGGCUUCUACAUGGAAUAUCAAGAGGACCAGACAUUCUCUAACGCACCGCUGCUUCGAGACUUGGCCAUCGGCGAUGCAGUCUUGAUUUCCGGCCUAGGAUUCCCGGUGCAUCAACUGCAAAAACUGACUCUCCUGCAUACUCUGUCAUUGUCUGAUCUCGUUGCCCUGCUACCCCAGCUAGUGGUACUCGAGGAUCUCACUCUCUGCGAUGAGUGCGACGAGGGCGAUGUCCAGAGCACUCAGCCCCCAGUCGAAAUGCCUUGUUUGACGACACUGCGUCUCUCUGGCUACCACAGCCACACCAUAAUGGCCUAUGUGCUGCUCCCGCGCCUGAGAAACCUGGAGCUCUCCGAUUUGGACGGCGUCACCGCCGAGUCUGACGUCCUGGAGUGUCUCUCGCGCUCCUCUGCCAACGUGUCUUCUCUAUCAAUUGCAGACACCGAAUAUUCCACGUUCAGCACCCUGCUGAAUAGUCCGGCUAUCGGCGGUGCCCUCAGGGACCUCACGAUCGGCUCGUUGCAAAUGGGGCCCAGCGAUAACGCGGCGCUCGUUGCGCUUUUCUCCCGCGCGGAUUUUCUCCCGAACAUCGAGUCGCUCAUGUUCGUUCCGCCCCCUGUCGCGUCGUUCUCGUCGUUUCUCCACACGUUCCUGGACGGCCUGGCCCAGCGGGUGGCGGAUGCAUCCCUGCGCGGCCUCGCGCAUGAAAUCAAGCUCCAACGCCUUCUCGUCCAGCCGUCUGCCCCGGCUACUAGCCUCCGCGCGGAGGAUCUCCGCGCGGUGCGUGAUCUGCAGCAACGCUUGAACAUCCAUGGCCAUGUUCCAGACAAGUACUAG